UGAGCAUGCCUACUAAGCUCUAACAUAAACAAAGGCAGGACGCUACUCGGCAAUAAAUUCUGCGCUGCUGGUACUCUAUAUGCUAACAUUACCGAAAAAUUGGAAAACGCUUUACUUCUGCAACCAUGGAAAACACGUUACUGAUGCGAGUGAGUGUAUUUACCGACCAAGGAGGCAGAAAAUACAUGGAAGAUGUGACCGAGGUCAUAGUAGAGCCCGAGCCGGGGGAAGAUGAGCCGACCUCGGGUGAGCCAGAAGAGAGCAGAAGGGGAGACUGUACGCUCAGUUCUGUAGCUGCGAGCACGCAUCUAGACCGGGCUGGUGAGACCGUUGUGUCCCCACAGGUUUCACAUCCAUCGCGUGAACCUGUGCGAAGGGAUGACCAAAGUAUAUUAGUGAAAACAUCUUUACCGGGAGGUCAGAGCCCGCUACGAGCUCAGCCAAGCACCGCGAGUCCUUCCCGCCGUUCCGUUGCGUUCUUCGCUGUGUUUGACGGGCACGGGGGUCGCGAGGCUGCGCAGUUUGCCAGAGACUAUUUGUGGGAGUUCAUGAAGAAGCAGCGGGGAUUCUGGUCAGAUUGUGAUCGGGAGGUCUGCUCUGCUAUACGCAAAGGAUUUGUAGCCUGCCACCAUGCUAUGUGGAAAAAGCUACCCGAAUGGCCAAAGACACUCACAGGCCUACCUAGCACAUCAGGCACCACAGCCAGCAUAGUAGUCAUCCGAGGAAACCGCAUGUAUGUGGCCCAUGUUGGGGACUCAGCAGUGGUAUUAGGGGUCCAGGAUGAUCCCUCAGUCCCGUUCAUCAGAGCUGUGGAAGUCACACAAGACCACAAACCUGAAUUACCCAGAGAGAGGGAGCGUAUUGAAGGUCUGGGAGGGAGUCAGCUUGUAGUGAAGUCCGCUGGCCAAGUCAAACUGACCGCAGACGGCGUGCUCACUUGCUGUGGCAGUGGCUCCGUCCCUGCAGAGCCCUCUGUUUCCAUCCUCACGGUGUGCCAGUGUCGGAUGGUGGGUCGCUGCUGCUGCUCGUUUGUUAUCAAGAAAUCUGGAGUGAACCGGGUUGUCUGGAAGAGGCCGAGGCUGAGUCACAAUGGCCCAGUCCGUCGCAGCACUGUCAUUGACCAGAUACCAUUCUUGGCGGUAGCGCGAGCUCUAGGUGAUCUGUGGAGCUAUGACUUCUACAGCGGGAAGUUUGUAGUUUCUCCAGAGCCAGACACUAGUGUGGUGACUCUUGACCCCAGAAAACACCGCUACAUCAUCCUGGGCAGCGAUGGUUUGUGGAACAUGGUACCACCUCAAGAGGCUAUCUCCAUGUGUCAAAACAAUGAUGAGGCAAUGGCACCAUGUGGGGUAUCAAGUGCCCGGCAGCUUGUUAGCCAUGCUCUGCUGCGGUGGCGCCAGCGCAUGUUACGCGCAGACAACACCAGUGCCAUCGUCAUUGCCCUGCAGGAGCCUGGGACCUCCCAGGACACGCUGCACCAUGAGGAGGUGCUGCUGGACCUAGCCAAGGUGUCCCAGUGUCCUCCCACCUCCAUAUCCCGUGCUGACACGCCUCUCCUUCAGCGGCCUCUGGAGGAAGACACUCCCUCUGCCAUAUGUGAGCUCCUCCCUGCGUUGGAGCGACGGGAUGGACUAUCAGGAAGCAACAGUCUGUACCACAUGAAUCUGUCUGACCCGUUCACUCUGACUCUACUGUGUCCAAACAGUAGUGCUGAGUUGCCCAGUCAGUCCAGUCCCACACAUUGUGUGGCAGUUGGCAGCAGGACAGCCAACAGCAAAAGAAUUAUUGACAGAUCAUCAUCACCUUCAUCAGGCCAGUCGACUAAGAAGGCUAGACUCAGGACUGCCGACAGGCAGCCACUGGCCCAGCACAAUGCAGAGGAAAAACAGAAGGAGUCCAAUAAUGUCUCCCCCAUUCUCCCGCAGCAUAACAAGACCACAGUGUGUGUGUGCUGAAACACACACACAGACAUUAUCAACCUGCUGCCUCCCACUGUCAGCCUUGUCUCCAGUGGUGUUUCUGUUCCUUACGUUUGCAGUUGUCCUGCACAUUCUUACAGUUUAAACCAGCCUUGCUGUAGGGACUAUGGAAAGACUUGUCGUCUUGUUCAGCACUAGUACAAUACUCAUUUAAAGUUUAUGGAGUGCUCACUUUUACAUAACAUUUUGUGUCUUUGUUUUAAAAUUCUUUCCUAAAAUGCUGAUUAAAUAUGUCUUACGCCACCUUUUUCUGGUAACAGUUGUAUGAAAUAAGUAUGAUUAAUGAUGCUUGUGUAAAUAUUAUGCGUUUUGUAGUUGAAUAUUGAGUCAAACCUUUCAUUUAAAACAAAUAGAUAUUUUUUUAUACAUUCUUUUAUUGUUUGAUGAUAAAACAUGAACUUAAGCAGAGUUCCACCACAGUUUUCAUAUUGUUUUUACUCUCACCAUAUAUCAUUGUGUGCACACUCUGUGUUUAACCCUAUUUAUGUAUUUUUAUUCUCAUUAUUUUAUUUGAUCACUGGAGAUUUGUCUUGAAUAUAAACUGAAGGUGCUGCUACAGUCACGAACCAGUAAGCUACUACAUUGUGUAUAUUGAUAUAUAAAUAUAUGUGAUAAGUGUUUGCAGCAUUUUUUUUCUUUGCGUAUGUGUUUGAAACAACAUAUUGGCCCCUGUGAGGUUUCAAAUAAUAGAAACAGUUAAGUUUCAAUUGCACAAUGCAUCUUAAGGAAUAGAUCCCCUCUUAAUCAUAUUGUAUAAUUGUAAUUUGUAAUGAAACCUUAUGGUGGAGGUUGUUUUUUUUCUUUUUUUGGUGUCUUCACUUCCCCUGAGCCAGCUCCACCCAUUCAUACAUCAGGUAGUUAUUUUCUGUGUGUCCCGAAAAGUUGGUAUGUCUGUCUCUAAAAUGAUGGAUUUCUCCCUGUGUUUGUUACCUCCAGGUGGCUCUUAAACAAAGACUUCCUUUGGUUCUGGGGAAUCUACAAAAAAUCUGAGGUUUACAAUCAAUGUUCAUGAUUAUUUUGUGUUGCCGGACUUCCACUGUGGCUGCACUUGAUGUAUAAGUGAAUUUCAUGUUGUCUAUGUUUGACCACACGUCUGUGACAAUAAGAAAAAUGCUUAAUCUCAGGCAUGUUGCUCCCAAUAGAUGGCAUUGUCUCGCAUCACCAGUCCAUUCUACCACCUUGUUUUAUCUGUUUUGCUUCAAGGCAAUAGCAGUUUUUUCUGUUUUGUUGAGGUUGACUUAGAGGUUCCUUUAGCAUUUUCCUUGUACAAGCCAUUGUCCCUCCAUGUUGCAGCUUCAGUUGUAUGGUUACUAAUGUAUGCACAAGGUUCAUUGGUGAGUAAAUACACAAUGCAUGGACUUAGGAGAAUAUUUUGCACUAUUAUGGUGACCUUAAUUUUGUUUAAGAAAAAUAUUAUUUUUAAUUUGAAAAUGAUUCAGCUAGGAAAGAAUGACAUCAUUGGAGUCUAAAAUGAAAACCGCAAAUGUAGGAUAUUUGAAGUAAAAUAAUCCAACUAUUUUAAUUUCAAUUAUGUAGAAGGGAAUCCUCAUUAAUGUGAGUAGAGUUUGCAGAACAUGGCUGUUAACCCUUUUGUUACUGACAAAUGAUUCAGAUGAAAAAUAUUCAUGAGAGAAUAAUGAUCAAUACAAAUAAGAAACAUUUCAGUCUUUGUAAAACCUUGUUACAUGAUGAUGACAUUUCAUUGAGCUAAGUGCAAUUGCUAACAGGAAUUUGUAGCAUCAUGGAUUGGUUCAAAACUAUUGUACAUAGUGAUAAUGUUGAUGUUUGACUGGUUCCCUCUGCAAAUACAGUCUGUUACUUGGCUCGGGA